GGGAAAAAGGGAAAAAAGGAGAGAUGAGCUGGGCGGGAGGAGCCCCCCUUCCAACUAAUGAACACAGCUUAUGUUAUUGAAGAGCAGCUUGGCCAAUCAGCAGGCAGUGCAGGCAAAGACAGCAGGGGGGAGCAGCAGAGCGAGUGGGCAAGAGGAAGAAAAAACUGCAGUGUGUGAGUGUGUGUGGUUUGCAUCCCUCCCCUGAGCAGAUCUUUAUCAAUUUGACUUGAUAGGUGCCUCUGUGUGUGUGUGUGUGUGUGUGUGUGUGUGGAGUUUCCAGCAGGACAGAGCAAAGGUGUGUCCUCAAGGCUGUGCUAAGACCUAUUCUAUCUGAAAGUGGAAAUAAGAGAGAGUAAAGGGACACUGAUUAUUUUCCUUUCUAUUCUCGAAGUGUCUUGGUGCCCGAGGAGGACGGCUCAGUGCCCAGUGGAGAGCAAGCCACUCACAAAAGGAUUUCCGGCUGUCAACAUUUUCACUGUGAAUACCGCCAGCCACUCUUCACAAUUCCACAUUUGGCUGGACUUUGUGUGCAGCCUAAAUGACUAAGUGGAACUUGUUCAAGCACCAAACAACGCCAAUGGUCGCUGCCAAGCCAACAGGGGCCAGUGCCUUGACUGUGACUCCUGCCCCUGUCGCUCUCGUCUCUGCAGACAACUCCACCGAGCCGGUCAACAAGAACGAUGCCUUCGAUGAGAUCAAAAACAAGUUUCUAAAUGAAAUUGAUAAGAUUCCAUUGCCAUCCUGGGCCAUCAUUGCCAUAGCUGUGGUCGCUGCUUUACUUAUUCUAACGUGCUGCUUCUGCAUCGUCAAGAAAUGUUGUUGCAAGAAGAAGAAGAACAAGAAGGGAAAGAAGGGGAAGGGUGACGUGGGGAUGAAGAACCUUAAAGGAGGAGAGAAACAACAGGAUGAUGACGACGAAGAAGACGAUGUCGAACCUGGAUUAACUGGAGACGAGAAAGAAGAAGAGGUGAAAGAGAAGGAAAAGCUUGGGAAGCUGCAGUAUUCCAUUGAUUACGACUUCCAGGAGAACAAGCUGACAGUGGGAAUCCUACAAGCAGCUGAUCUCCUCUCUAUGGACAGUGGUGGCACCUCUGACCCCUAUGUCAAGGUCUUUGUUCUCCCAGACAAGAAGAAGAAGUAUGACACGAAGGUUCACAAGAAAACACUCAAUCCUGUCUUCAAUGAGACUUUUAUCUUCAAGAUCCCAUUCCAAGAGAUGGGAGGAAAGACUCUGGUUAUGUCGGUCUAUGACUUUGAUCGCUUCUCCAAACAUGAUGUCAUCGGCGAAAUUAAAAUACCCAUGAACACCCUUGACCUGGCUAAGCCGAUCGAAGAGUGGCGAGACUUGGACAGUGCGGACCAAGAAGAGCCAGAGAAGCUGGGUGACAUUUGCAUCUCUCUGCGCUAUGUCCCCACUGCUGGCAAGCUCACAAUCUGUAUUCUGGAGGCAAAGAACCUGAAGAAAAUGGACGUGGGUGGUCUUUCAGAUCCCUAUGUGAAGAUCAACUUGCUGCAGAAUGGGAAGAGGCUGAAGAAGAAGAAGACGACAGUGAAGAAGAACACAUUAAAUCCUUACUACAAUGAGUCCUUCAGCUUUGAGAUUCCUCUCGAGCAAAUGCAGAAAAUCCAAGCUGUAAUCACAGUGCUGGAUUACGACAAGAUCGGCAAGAACGAUGCCAUUGGGAAGAUCUGGGUAGGCAGCAAGUCCACUGGUGCAGGGCUGAAACACUGGUCCGACAUGUUGGCCAACCCGCGACGUCCCAUCGCCCAGUGGCAUCCACUGCAGCCCGAGGAGGAGGUGGAUGGCGCCCUCGCGGCCCUGGCUGCUAAGAAGUAAACCCCCGCCCCCCACGCUGUCCCCCAACUAGCCACACGUUUUUCCAUCAUUCCUGCAGGUCCCACAUGUCUAUGUAUAUUCCGGACCCAAAUGUACAUCUCGCCCACUGCCCUGCCAUCUUUCAAAAGAUCCAUACAUGAUGUCAAAUACAGCUAAAAAAAAAAAAAGCAUCAUGUUAUAUAAAAUCAUGUCAUUGAAAAAAAAAAAGACGACAAGUUACAGGAUGAACAGAUACUUUGUUGAUUUCCUUUAGAUCUAUUUUUGUAUUGAGGUUGUAGUUCUGUUACUGAGAGUGCAGCGUCGACUAGAAAAGAACAGUUAGAGCGCUAAACAGCAAUCUGGUGAAAAAGGGGAUUAAACAUCCAUUCAUUGAUAUUGUAACCCCCUACCCUUAGUGACAGUCUGCUUAGAAUAGUGCUUAAUAAUAAAAUGCUUUAUACUGCCAUAUAAUAGAGGAAUAACACAAGCAGGUCCAUUCCUUGGGUGUUCAUGCACCGCGCUCCACACCUGCCACUUAUCUUACUCGACCAUUUUGUUAGUACAUUCCUAGAGUUGGGUAGCGAGUAGUGGUAGGCACAUAUCCAGUUACCCACAAGACACACUGCCUUUUCGAUUAGUUCACCUUUCGCCCAUCGUCUCAGGAAUACUGAGAGGAGACCCCACGCCUUUUGUUCUACAAGAGUUGUUUGGCUCAAAACAGAGUAGUUGGCCACAGAGGGCUUUUUUUUUUUCUUCAGUUUGAGGGAUGAAGGAGACUUUGUGUUAUUGUGUGUCCUUGACUGUGCGAAGCAUCAAAUCAAGGGAAUAUCCGACAGACUGACUCCAGCCAUCAAUGAUGUGAUAUUUUACACGGUGCCGGUGACCGCCUGCCGUCCACCACCUCUUUGUCCCAAUUGUUCAGUGAUACUGCCAUUAGUCAUGGACUCCACACACAAGUCUUACAGUCAUAAAGGAGACAAGCCUUCCAAGUAUCAGAAUAAGCAAUUCUCAACUACCAGGGACGCCUUCCGCUUCGUGGUGUUGUUUUUUUUUCAUUUGUCACGUCCUUUCUAUCACAUUUUUUCUCUUGUUUUAUUCAAAACUAAUUUAUUCCUCAAGCACUUUAACUCAAAAUGUUACAUUCAAACAGAGCUUUAACGAUUGAUUUUAAAAUAUUUAUUUAUGUCGCAAUUAAUGGAAUGUUUUUUUUUGUUUACUUGUCUCAGAUUUUGUGUGUUUUUCACCGGAUUGCAACUGGUGAUUGCAACUGUAUCAAACAGUUAAAGUGAAUUGUACUAAUUGAGUUUUUUUUUUCUUAUUUUGGGGGCUGAAAUGUUUUUUUGUGGCAUCAGUGCUGCUUUCUGGCUCUGUACUUGUUUCGUUCACUGUAAUAAUAAGAGACCAAAAUGUACAGUAUCAAUAUUAAAUAUCGGUAAAUUGAUAAACAUCAACCCAUAGCAAAAACUACCAGUUGACUGAGUUUAAAGGGGAACUGCGCGUUUUUGGGGAAUCUUGCCGAUUGUUCACAAUCAUUAUGAGGGACAAGAAGACGUACAUAUUUUUUCCAUUGCGUUCUAACUCGUAAAUUAGCGUAAAUCAAAGUCUGCUUACAAUGGAGUCAAUGGGAGGUCCUCAUAAAUACCUGUAAAAAAACAUCCCAAAAAUGCCAAUAAUACUCCAUUUACAUAUUAUGACCUGAAUAUUGACCAAGUAUUAUUGCCAUUAUUAUAAGCGCUAACGUAGACAAACUAUUUAUAGCGGCAACGUGAUUGCAGAGAGCUCAGUAGCUUGUGCUGCUAUAUUGACAUCAUCAUCAGCUGGUGUGCUGCUUUGUAACCUCAGAGCUGAUAGAAGCUUAUUCUAGAGCUUUAAUAUUGUCCCUCACCUUUAUAGUGGAAGGAUGAGGACAUAAUCCGACAUGUUGGUCAACUUUGGCAUCCAAUUAAAACUGGGUAAUGGCGAGAAAGACAUGAAAAGACCGCACCUUUUUUCUCCGUGAGGAUUAUUCUUCAUUUAAACGGGAAAUAUAUGAACAUUCUAAAAGUCGGCAUCCCAGUGACAGCAGACAUUGUAAAGUAAGUGAUGUUUAAUUUCGUUUGUUGUCUCUCAUGAAGUCUGCAGUGAGUAAUAAUCAUUGAUAUUGUUGAAAGAAAAAGCGAACGUAUGAAAUUAAUGUGCUGCCGUAUGCUUAAAAUAAUCAAAAUACGUAAAUAUUAAAUGUUAUUAUGAAUGUGCCUGUUAUUAUAUACUUACAUCAUGUAUACACAACCUUGAUAGAGGUGUUUAUAUUUUUUUAAGCGUUGACAGGCUCCAUUGUAAGCAGAUUUUUGCUCGUGUUUAUUUCCGAGUUAGAAGGCAUAAAAAAAGAAAAAUGUGUGUGCUUGUUUUACAUAAGGAUCGUGAAUGAUGGGCAAAAUUCCAAAAAAAGUGUAGUUCCCCUUUAAGUCAAUGUGAAUCAAAUGAUGUUUGGAAUUUGAACACGUUUCACUGAUUUCCUUCUUUGCGUGUGUGUGUGUGUGUGUUGACAACACUAAAAAAAAAAUAAGGCGACAUGGAAGCAAUCGAGCAACCCAUUGGUGUAGUUUUGCCUAUAUACAUAGUUCAUCCACGUUGAUACUGCAUGUUUAUACAAAAAUACUGUACAUAAGAGCAUGUUUUAGAGACGGGGCAAAAAUAUCUUGUGUACUUAAAUGGGUGUCAUUUGUCAUUUUAUUAACACAACAACAAACAAAAAAGAUGCACUGUAUAUUUUCUAAAUGAAAUGUGUAUUUAUUUUUCAUGAGAGUCAUUGGAGAGAAUGUCAUCCAGAUUUUAGAGUAAUACUACUGCUAAUUCCUAUAGGAACCUUUCCAACGCCUGAGAUUCUUAAGCAAGUGUGUCGUCCAGUACUGUGCGUGAGUUCAUGUAGGAUGAAAAUGUAGCCGCAUGCUUGCUAUCUUGACUCCUUGUGGUCCGAUUAUUCUAUUUAUUUUGUGUCAUGUUCAACCGUACUGCCAUACAUAUGUUGAUCUGCAGUUUUAUGUAUGGAACAAGGGUCUCCAAGUCUCCAACACGGUUUCCUAAGAAAAAAAAAAAACCUGCAUUGCAAUCUGUUAUAAUAAUAUAAGAGUGAAACAAUCGGCAUAUUGUAGUGUUUGUGCCAGUGAUUGAUCCAUGAGAAAGUCAGCAGGCUCAUUUCUCCCUCCAACGGGGCCAAAAUAACAAACCAUUCCUGUAAACACAAGUGACUUGGAAUCCCUUUUUCCCCGCCACACUGUGUUUACUUUUUUAAAUGUUUCCCACUUUAAACAACCUUAAACUCUUUGCAGCUAUUUCUGCUACUGUUUUAUUAUACAAUACUGUACGUGUAAACAAUAUAAAUGCUAAAACUAAAGCCAUAAAACUCAAGCACUAACUCUUUAUAGCUCAGCUGAGUAGAUAUUCAGUAAGAAAAAAGAAAAAAAAAAAAUCAUUUUUAUCGGCCAGUUUGUCAUUGCGUUGAGAGGUGUGGUGGAGAUUCAUUUAACAGAGAUGUGAGCAUCCCGAAAAGUUUCGUAGGGCGUGUGUGUGCGCGUGUAUUUAUUUAUUUGUUUUUAACUUUGUAAGUCUGAUUAUAGUCAUCAUCAAUGUGAUGCCAUGGCUUCCAUAUUGGUGAACAGCAGGGGAUUUGCUUUUUUGGGAUGAGUGCAAUUUAUCAACCAAACCAUUAACUUUUUAGGUUAGCCUAAUGUUGACGAACACAGCUAACAGAAUAGGGUUUUGAAUUUGGGGUUUACAUUUUUAUAAAAUAUCUGAUAUGGUAGUGGUAGUUAGUUAAAAGUUAAAGUACCAAUGAUUGUCACACACACACUAGCUAAGAUAGGAUAGUCUAACACAGCUAAUGGUGGAGGAAUUGUUGUUUUCUUAGCAGUUUAUUAUUAGACAGUGACACAGCAACAGGUCAUAUAACCGCUUGGCAUGAAUUACUUUGGCUCAGCAUAUGUCAAACAAUUAUUGCUAAAAAACAAAAAUCAAAAGAAAAAUCUAGAACCGGCAGCAAAGUUAUCUCCAUUGGCAGGAAUAUGUUAGCUUAGGGCUGGGCGAUAUGGACAAAAAGUAUAUGCUGAUAUAUUGGGGCGUUAUAGCUUGGUUGGUAGAGUGGCCGUGCCGGCAACUUGAGGGUUCAGGGUUCGAUUCCCGCUUCCGCCAUCCUAGUUACUGCCGUUGUGUCCUUGGGCAAGACACUAUACCCACAUGCUCCCAGUGCCACCCACACUGGUUUAAAUGUAACUUAAAUAUUGGGUUUCACUAUCUAAAGCGCUUUGAGUCACUAGAGAAAAGCGCUAUAUAAAUAAAAAUUAACUUCACUAUUUUUACUUAAACUCAAUAUUCUAUAUAUAUCUCAAUAUAUUUUCCAGUGAAAGUAUUCAUUUAAAAAUAUUAAUGUUUGAGCGAUAUUCACGGAAAUAGAAAGUGAAUGACAACUGUAUUGUAAACACUUUUAUUAACCCAGUUAGUCAAGAUGGGUAUUAACAGCACAGAAAAAAACCUGUUUAAGUAGCACAGAAUUACAUAACAUAAAUAAAAUGUAAAAAUAUUCUUUCUACGUAAAAUAAAUAACAAAGCGGUUCAAAUAAUACAAAAUGUAUCAAACUCAGUUAAAAAAAAAUUAUUUGCAGGCAGGCACUUUUAAAUUCGCAGUCAACGAUGUAAUGGACUGUCACACAGGUACGGUUCUGGUCAGCCCCAAGUCAGUGAUUUGACUUAAUUGGGCGACUAUGAUCUUCUUCACUUCGGCAUACAUUUCUGGCAGCAUUUCUCGUGCGAAAUAUGCCCGGCUUGGCAACUGGAGAACAGUUUUGAUUUGGGUUUACAUGGUAAACAACUCAAAUUAAUGUUUUAUCCAGACACAUACAUUUGUCCAAAGGUGGCCAAGUACACGCAUUGUGGGUUUCCUGGACGUCGUCUACAUCGCUAAAAGAAAAAUCUAAAGAAGAGAAUCCCUUUGCUAUCUUCCACUAGUUUUUUUAAUAUAAAAAUCGCCCGCUUGAAUAUUCCCUCUUCUCUUCUACGACUCUCUUGUUGUCAUUUGGGAUGACUGUUGUAAUUUCCUUUCCUGGUUCCAUGACCCACCCCUAUCGACCAUGAAUUGAAUAAUGUGGACCCCGACUUAAACAAGUUGAAAAACUUAUUCGGGUGUUACCAUUUAGUGGUCAAUUGUACGGAAUAUGUACUGUACUGUGCAAUCUACUAAUAAAAGUUUCAAUCAAUCAAUCAAUCAAUCAAUCAAUCAAUCAAUCUUGCCUAACGUGAAAUAAAUUAUAUCGAUAUUGCAAUAUUUUAUUAAUUAAUAUCUUGUUUAAAAAUAUAUUGAUAUUUAUUACAAACUGGGCUUCACGGUGGCAGAGGGGUUAGUGCGUCUGCCUCACAAUACGAAGUUCCUGCAGUCCUGGGUUCAAAUCCAGGCUCAGGAUCUUUCUGUGUGGAGUUUGCAUGUUCUCCCCGUGAAUGCGUGGGUUCCCUCCGGGUACUCCGGCUUCCUCCCACUUCCAAAGACAUGCACCUGGGGAUAGGUUGAUUGGCAACACCAAAUUGGUCCUAGUGUGUGAAUGUAAGUGUGAAUGUUGUCUGUCUAUCUGUGUUGGCCCUGCGAUGAGGUGGUGACUUGUCCAGGGUGUACACCGCCUUCCGCCGAUUGUAGCUGAGAUAGGCACCAGCGCCCCCCGCGACCCCAUAGGGAAUAAGAGGUAGGAAAUGGAUGGAUGGAUCUUACAAACUCCAUACACCGCCCAGCCCUAGGUUAGCUAACACUGCACUAGCGGUACAGUGUUAUUUACGGCCAGUUUAAAAGAUUAUUAUUGUGCCACUCUUUGCGAUAGGUUAUCCUAAAACAGUUUUGAGUGAAAAUCAUGCCAAAAUUUACAAGCAAAAGCAAGCUAGCUCAGCUUGACCUACUGUUAUAGCUUGUAGUGCUAUUCAAUGUCCAAAAGAUAACCGGAACAUUUUUAACCUGUUUCCACUGCAGUUGUGGAAUUUGUCAAGCCAAAACAACGGGCAGCAAAAUGAUUUUAGGAUGAGGAGGCAAAAGGUUGAGCAGAUACAAGCACAUUAAAGGGAUUUGUACUCACGUAAAGUCGCUUGUUGACGCUCUUUGGGGCGGGGGGAGGGUUUCAAUCUAUCCUUCAUUCCGGUUGUAUAAAAUAUGUUUCUCACACAUUUAGUUGGAAUACACAGUUUUUUGUUUAACACAUUGUGGGAUUUAAAAAGGGAAACCAUCCACUUAUUCUUUUUGUCCUUUCCUUGAGCAAAAGUGCAAUCCCUUUUUUUUUUUAUGUAUUCUUCACAUGUAGAGCCUCUAUGUGCAUCAGUUUGUCUCCUCCUUAAAAGUCGGGCUUUAUCUCUGUGUCUUUGUUCCGUUUUUACGUGUCAUCGGUAAUCAAACUUCCGGCGCAUGGAGUUCCUCCCCCAAAUUCUGCUUUCGCUGUGCAUAAAGAACGCUGGCCUUCAUGUUUACAACAUGGACUUAGUGUAUACUGCCAAAUUCCUCUACCUGACCUUUCAUUCCAGAUGUUCUCAAGACUGUUUUUUUCCCCCCUUUUACUUUCUCUUCUCCAUCCUCUUGGAAAGCAUUGGAUUGGAGGACAGUCAGGUUGUGUCCUCUAGCUGUGUUCUUCGUGUCUCGUGUCGUGGUGCGCGUGUUCAUGUCAGUACUUGUGCCUACUGUGGAUCGCAUGCUUUAGCCCUUGACUGGACACAAACGUUGCUCACAAACUCCUCUUGACUCUUAAGUGGACAAAUGUUGGGGAUCCUUAUAACGUUAUCAAGGGAGCCAAAUAACUUAUUACAAAUUUAUCAUAUGUGUUACCAGUUCUGUACAAAAAAAACAAAUAGGAAAUAAAGAGCUUUUAAAUAC